AUGGAGAACUUCUUGUGGACAGUGGGAGUGACAUCGGGGCCUGAGCUUGGAUAUUGGAGGAGAAUGGUUUCAACUGUUACUGCGUUAGUUACAGUAAUUGAUGACACAUAUGACUUCUACGGCACCAUUCAUGAACUGGAGCUCUUUACAGAUGCUGUUCGAAGGUGGGAUGUAAAUGGAAUAGAUCAUCUACCAGAUCUUCACAACACAAUGAGUCAGAUUGCCUUUGAUGUGUUUAAGAAACAGGGGAUCCACAUCAUCAAGUUCCUCAAAAAUAUGAUAGGCCUUUGUAAAGCUUAUUUGCAAGAGGCAAAGUGGUAUUACAGCGGGUACAAGCCAAGCUUGAACGAAUAUAUUGAAAACGCAUGUAUUUCCAUAGCAACACCUCUUAUACUGGUUCAUGCUUUUGCCACAGCCACCAAUCCCAUAACAGAAAAGGCCAUGAAAUCCCUGGAUGACUACCCAGAGUUAAUUAGUUAA